AUGAACACCGUCAAAUCGUUCUGGCUCGGAUGGGGCUCUCUUUGUGUUGCCGGCGGAACCGCCUACUAUUUCGCGAAGCAGAGCAUCAACGCCGACCGUGCCGCCCGUUUUGAAGAACAGAGAAAGCGUAAGCAGAUGGCGCAGUCCAUCGAAUACGGCGACAACGUCCCCGCCCAGCCCGGAUCCGCGGCGACCAUGGGCGGCGAGCCGCGCACCGAUACCGCCGGUUCCCCCAGCCAGGAGUCCAGUUCCGACCCUGCCCCAACCCGCCACGCCCCCACGACAGAACAACAAAGAGUGUUGGAGAAGAGCAAAUACGAGAGUAGCACGCCAUUCAAAAGUCCAAAGGGAGACCGCUUCUCAUAG